AUGGAAAGAUUAUCUCAAAUUGCAAAGCAGGCUUCAGCUUCUGCUGCGCCAUUGCCAAAGCCCCACCAUCCUUUAGACCCUUUAUCUGUUACGGAGAUUAAGGCUGCUACAACUAUUAUAAAGAAUUAUUUUUCCGGUAGAACUAUUGUUUUCAAUACUAUUACUGUUAGGGAACCAACCAAAAAGGCAUACCUCGAAUGGAAGGAACAAAAUGGCCCAUUUCCUCCAAGAAUUGCUUAUUAUGUUAUUAUGGAAAAAGGCGUUCCUGGUAUUAAGGAUGGUUUAGUUGAUUUGGUUAACAUGCAGGUCAUGUCCGUUCAACCAUUAGCUAACUCCCAACCAAUUUUAACUGUUGAAGAUUUAAUUGGCACUGAAGAAAUUAUUAGGAGAGAUCCAAAUGUUAUCGAACAAUGUGGUGUUGUUGGAAUCCCAGCGAGUGAAAUGCACAAAGUUUAUUGUGACCCAUGGACUAUUGGUUAUGAUGAAAGAUGGGGAGCAUCUAGAAGAUUGCAACAAGCUCUUUUGUACUACAGAUCCGAUGAAGAUGAUUCUCAAUACUCUCAUCCUUUAGACUUCUGUCCAAUUGUUGAUACCGAAGAAAAGAAGGUGAUCUACAUCGACAUUCCAAAUAGAAGAAGAAAGGUUUCCAAAUACCCAAAUGCUAACUUCUAUCCUAAGGAUAUGGUCAAAAAGUAUGGUAAGAUGAGAGAAGGUUUAACACCUAUCAAUGUUACUCAACCUGAAGGUGUUUCCUUCAAAAUGGACGGUAAUUUAAUGUCAUGGAAUAACUACACCUUCCACGUUGGUUUUAACUACAGGGAAGGUAUUGUUUUAUCUGAUAUUCACUACAAUGAUCAUGGUAACAACAGACCAAUUUUCCACAGACUUUCUUUGUCAGAAAUGAUUGUUCCUUAUGGUUCCCCAGAUUUCCCUCAUCAAAGAAAGCACGCUUUGGAUAUCGGUGAAUAUGGUGCAGGUUAUAUGACUAAUCCUCUAUCACUUGGUUGUGAUUGUAAGGGUGUUAUUCACUAUUUGGAUGCACAUUUCGCUGAUAGGGCAGGUGAUCCAAUUACCGUCAAACAUGCAGUUUGCAUCCACGAAGAAGACGAUGGUUUACUAUUCAAGCAUUCUGAUUUCAGAGAUGCAUUUGCAACUUCCAUCGUAACUAGAUCAACUAGAUUAAUUAUUUCUCAGAUCUUCACCGCUGCUAAUUACGAGUAUUGCAUCUACUGGAAUUUCUUGCAGGACGGAGCUAUCCGUUUAGAUAUUAAAUUGACUGGUAUAUUGAAUACUUAUCAAUUAGAUGAUGAAGCAGGUGAAACACCAGGUAAAUGGGGUUGUAGAGUCUAUCCUAAUGUUAAUGCUCAUAACCAUCAACACUUGUUUGCUUUAAGAAUCCAUCCAAGAAUUGAUGGUGAUGGUAAUUCUGUUGCCGUCUCUGAUGGUGUUGCUGCUGAAGAACCUGUUGGAUCUGUUGAGAACAUGUAUGGUAACGGAUUCUAUGCUAAAUCUAAGGUCUUUGAAACCGUUCAAGAUUCCUUAACUCAAUUCCAGAAUGGUAGAACUUGGGAUAUUUUCAAUCCAAAGAAGAAAAACGAAUAUUCUGGUAAACCACCAUCGUAUAAACUAGUUUCGUUCCAAUGUCCUCCUUUGUUCGCAAAGCCUGGUGCUUUAGUUUACAAGAGAGCCCCAUGGGCUUCUAAUACUAUUCAAGUUGUCAAAUACGAAGAAGAUAGAUUGUAUCCAUCAGGUGAUCAUGUUCCCCAAUGGUCUGGUGAUGGUAAUGUUGGUAUGAGAAAGUGGAUUGGUGAUGGAACUGAUAAAAUUACCGAUGCUGAUAUCUUGGUUUAUCACACCUUCGGUAUUUCACAUUUCCCGGCACCUGAAGAUUUCCCAUUGAUGCCUGCAGAGCCAAUUACUUUAAUGUUGAGACCAAGGCAUUUCUUCCUUGAGAAUCCCGCAUUGGACAUUACUCCAUCUCAUGCAAUGACUACUUCUGAAGCAAGAAAAGCGGGAAACGUUGAAGUCGUCAGUCAAACCGACAAGACCUCAAGAUAUGCUUUCAAAGAAACACCAGGUCAAGGUUGUUGUACUAGAUUUAGCAAACCUUGA